GGCAAAGGGAAAGCCUGGGAGGCCGGGAGGUCUUCUAAUCCACAAAUAGGAGACCCUGACUGGGGGGCCCGAGGGGAGAAAGGAUGAGCCUGGCCCCCGACAGCCUUGGAGAGGCGAGCUGCUGCGGGAUGAGCCUCAGCCCCAGGGAGGCCCAUCUGCAGGCUGGGGGUCCAUUCCCCCCCUCUCCAGAGGCGCCCGGACUGAAGCCAUCCAACUGUAGCAUUCCCAGAGACUCUGAGUCAGCUGUUCCUAAGUAGAAACACUGGCUCUUCUUGCCUUUUUCCACCCUCCAGCACACUCUCCAAUAGUAAUUACUUUUUUUUUUUAUUUUUGUUUAUUCAUGAGGGACACAGAGAAAGGCAGAGACACAAGCAGAGGGAGAUGCAGGCUCCACGCAGGGAGCCCAACGUGGGACUCAAUCCCGGGUCUCCAGGAUCAUGCCCUGAGCCAAAGGCAGGAGCCCAACCGCUUAGCCACCCAGGCAUCCCUAGUGCUGCUGUCCCAUGAUUAACGUGGAGCCCGGCCAUGGUAGCUGGCCCCUACCCCAGCCAUGGACGAGGUUACGUUCAGAAGUGACACUGUGCUCUCAGAUGUCCACCUCUACACCCCAAACCACAGGCACCUCAUGGUGCGGCUGAAUGGCAUGGGGCAGCCCGUUUUCCUGUCCCAGUUCAAGCUUCUGUGGAACCGAGACUCUCAGACAGACUCAGGGGCAGAGGGCGGCAGUCAUGGCACGGUUCCCGCCGAGGACACGCCCCCACGUGGGUCGGGCAGUGCCAAGCCCCCUCUGGGGAGUGGCUGCAGGAUUGACACUGGCCAGGAGGGUGUGGGAGCUCAGCUGGACGAGGACGGGGAUUUGGACGUCAAGAGGAGACCCCGGGCUGCUACGGACCCCAAACCAGCAGGGCUUCCAAGAGACAAGGUACAUCCCACGAUUCUAACGCAGGAGGAAGAUGACCCCCUGGCAGACGAAGCACAAGAGAGCAGCCCCCACGAUAUCAUCAGAAUAGAGCACACCAUGGCCACCCCCCUGGAAGAUGUUGGCAAGCAGGUGUGGCGGGGUGCCCUGCUCCUGGCAGACUACAUCUUGUUCCAACGGGACCUCUUCCAAGGACGCACCGUGCUGGAGCUUGGGGCGGGCACAGGGCUGGCCAGCAUCAUCGCGGCCACCGUGGCACGUACCGUUUACUGUACAGAUGUCGGCACAGAUCUCUUGGCCAUGUGCCAGCGAAACAUUGCCCUCAAUGGCCACCUGACUGCUGCUGCAGGUGAGGCCCAGCGGCCCUUCUGCCUGGGCAGUGUAGUUAAGGUCAAAGAACUGGACUGGCUCCAAGACGACCUGUGCACAGACCCGGAGGUCCCCUUCAGCUGGUCUCAGGAGGACGUCUCCGACCUGUACAGCCACACCACCAUCCUGCUCGCGGCCGAAGUGUUUUAUGAUGAUGAUCUCACCGACGCUCUGUUUAAAACACUCUCCCGCCUCGCUCACAAACUGAAAAACGCCUGCACAGCCAUUCUGUCUGUGGAGAAGAGGCUGAACUUCACACUCAGACACCUGGACGUCACGUGCGAAGCCUAUGACCACUUCCGCUCGUGGCUGCAGCGCCUGGAGAGGCUUGCGGAUGGCCAGCUGCGCUUUGUGGUGGAGCCGGUGGAGGCCUCCUUCCCGCAGCGCCUCGUGUAUGAGCGCAUCCAGCAGCUGCACAGCACUGAAUUUGUGUGGUUGCCAUGCAUGAGGAGCAACCUUCUGUUCAUGGCUACGCCGCCUCUGGACUGCCUCCCUGUAGAUGGCAAACAGUCUACUCCUGCCAGCGAGGACUCAGGUUUCCACUAAGAACUUGGUGUGUUUUUGUACCUCCUCCACCUGCCGUGUCGAGAGGAGCAGCACAUGGCCAGGAAAAUCAGCUCCUCAUAAAAUGCAGAAGUCACAGGAAGUGACACCUAAGAUCUCCCCAAAUGGAAAAAUUGUGAUUCGCUGCCAUUCUUCUGGUCCAUCUUGAUGCAUCUUGGGUUGAUGCCAGCUUUAACUCCCAUAAACCCAGCUUCUCUCCCAGAGUGAGGCAGAAAGAACGGCCCAGAGCAGCAAUCAGAAGCAGCUCCCCACCCCUGCGUGAGCUUGCAUGCUGCCCAUGGUUCACGUGUGGUUUGACUCUUCUCCUUUGCUAAUUACUUCCCUCUGACGUAGUGAGGUCUCCUUCACAAACCUCGGGAAUCUGCUUUCUCUGUUUGCUGCAGGAACUCUGGAAGAUCUUUGUGGAACCGGUAAUGUGACCCAUCAUCGCAUCCACAGGCAUGGCUUCUCGACUGUUCUCAGAAUACGUUUCUAAUAAAAUUGAAAGCUCACAAAGUAA